AAAUUAAGAGUAAAAGCUUGUGGAGCGGCUGCUGGCUGCCCGCUCUGUGCUCUUACUCUGGGGGUUUUUAGUGUUUUUAAACUUUUAUUUGAACGCUUGUUUUGAGCUGAGAGUGAAGAGGAGGAUCCUGAGGGGCGGGUAAAAUCACUGCAUGGAUCUCAGAGAGCCGCAGUGACUGGAGAGCUCCGAGCUCACAACCGGAAUUACCUCAGAAUUUAGAGAGUACAGGCGGACUUCUCCAGCCUCUCUCUGCGGAAUGCUCUCCUAACACGGGCUGGAGCUGUGUGAGAAGACCAGGCUGCUGCAGUACAGAGACUGUGUGUGUGUGUGUGUGUUUCUGAGGGAUGGUGUACUGAUGGUGUUUUGGAGGAGAAUGAGGACGAGGACGAGCGCUUCAGGACUGCUGCUGCAGGUGCUCGCGCUGUGUCUCGCGCUCCUGGGGUUCCUUCAGCCUGCGCGCGCACAGACCAGUGAGGGCAAACCAGCGAUGUGUUCAGGCACUCAUAACAUGCUGAGUGUGACGGGCAGUUCGGAGGUGCAGUACCAGCGGAUGAAGGAGAUGUACACAAAUUGCCAAAUUGUUAUGGGCAACCUUGAGAUCACUCAUAUGGAGCACUAUCGCAACUUCUCUUUCCUUCAGUCCAUUCGUGAGGUGACAGGCUAUGUGCUAAUAGCUAUAAACCAGUUCAAGUACCUACCAUUGGAGAACAUGCGUGUAAUCAGAGGUACGUCUCUGUACGAGGAUCGCUUUGCUCUCGCCAUUCUCGUAAACUACCAGAAGGAAGGAGUGCACGGUCUGCAAGAACUUGGCCUUACACAUCUAACAGAAAUUCUUGAAGGUGGAGUGCAGAUCAUUCAGAAUAGGUUUCUGAGCUAUGCACCAAAGAUCAAUUGGCUGGACAUUGUGAAGGACAACGGAGCUGAAGUCAUCCUCAAUGACAACGGACCUGACAAGCCGUGUCAUGAGUCGUGUAAUGGUCCUUGCUGGGGACCAAACAAAGACGACUGUCAGACCUUGACUAAGACGGUGUGCGCGCCUCAGUGUAAUGGCCGCUGUUUUGGAAGGAACCCCAGUGAAUGUUGCCACAUGGAGUGUUCUGGAGGCUGCACUGGAACGCUGGACACCAAUUGUUUUGCCUGCCGAAACUUCAAUGACUCUGGUUCGUGCGUGCCUCAGUGUCCUCAGGGUCUGAUCUAUAAUAAAGUGACGUUUAGACUGGAGCCAAACCCCAAUGCAAAAUAUCAGUACGGCUCAGUCUGCGUGGCUCAGUGCCCGACGAACUUUGUGGUAGAUGGAAGCUCAUGCGUUAGCAGCUGCCCCUUUGGUAAAACAGAGGUAGACAAGAAAGGGGUGAAAAGGUGUGAACCGUGUGGCGGCGUUUGUCCCAAAGUGUGUGCUGGUACAGGGGCACCCAACAGGCAGACAGUGGACUCUAAAAACAUAGACAGUUUUAUAAACUGCACUAAAAUACAAGGCAGCCUCCACUUCCUCAUCACAGGAAUCAGUGGUGAUCCAUAUAACAACAUCUCAGCUCUUGACCCUAAAAAACUCAGCAUCUUCAACACUGUAAGAGAAAUCACAGAUUUUCUGAGCAUUCAGUCAUGGCCUGAGGAGAUGAAGGAUCUUUCUGUCUUCUCCAAUCUGACAACUAUACAAGGCCGAUCUCUGUACAAAGGAGUGACAUCUAAAAGAGGCUACGCUCUGCUGGUGAUGAGAAUUCCCACACUGAAGUCUCUAGGGCUGCAGUCUCUAAAGAAAAUCAGUGAUGGAGGCAUUUAUAUUACUGGAAACAGUCAGCUCUGCUACCACCACACUGUCAACUGGACACGUCUGUUCGGGACCGGAGCCCGAGCCCAGCGUCAACAGAAAAGCCUUGACAUCAAGGAGAACCACCUAAGGGAUGAGUGUAUUAAAGAAGGCCAUGUGUGUGAUCCAUUGUGUUCCUCGGAUGGCUGUUGGGGUCCAGGGCCAGACCAAUGUUUGUCCUGCAAGAACUUUAGCAGAGGAAGAACCUGUGUAUCACACUGCAACUUCCUGCAAGGUGAAAUACGGGAGUUUGCAGGGCCUAAUGGAGAGUGUAUGCCGUGUCACUCGGAGUGUGCAGUGCAGGAGAACAGGCUUACAUGCCGUGGGCCGGGUGCAGAUCAGUGUGUGGAAUGUAUGAGGCUGCAGGAUGGGCCGCACUGUGUCUCCUCAUGCCCAGAGGGAGUUAUGGGAGAAAAAGGACUUGUCAUCUACAAAUAUCCCAAUGCCGAACGCAAAUGUCUGCCCUGCCAUUUCAACUGUACCCACAGGUGCUCUGGGCCAAGUUUGAGAGACUGUGUGGGAGACAGGGAUGUGUCUGGGUUGCCGGUGACAGCGAUUGUGUUGGCUGUUAUAGCUGCCGGGUUGAUCGGAUGCUCUGUGUUUGUUAUGACUGUUCUAUAUCGCCGCAGUCUCGCCAUAAGACGCAAACGCGCCAUGCGGAGAUACCUUCAGAGUGGAGAGAGUUUUGAGCCGUUGGAUCCUGGUGAAAAAGGCACAAAAGUUCAUGCUCGUAUCUUCCGAGUAUCUGAACUGCGAAAAAUUAAACUUCUGGGAUCUGGAGUCUUUGGCACUGUCCACAAGGGUGUGUGGAUUCCAGAAGGAGACACAGUAAAGAUCCCAGUGGCCAUAAAAACUAUUCAGGACCGGACUGGACGUCAAACUUUCCAUGAGGUUACUGAUCACAUGUUGGCAAUGGGGAGCUUGGACCAUCCUUACAUAGUUCGGCUCUUGGGUAUCUGUCCUGGGGCUUCUUUACAACUGGUCACACUGCUGAACCAUCAGGGGUCUUUAUUGGAUCACAUCAGGCAGCAGAGGAACAGCCUCGACCCUCAAAGGCUGCUCAAUUGGUGUGUGCAGAUUGCCAAGGGUAUGUAUUACCUUGAGGAGCAGAGGAUAGUACAUAGGAAUUUGGCUGCUCGGAACGUCCUACUAAAGAGUGACUAUAUGGUCCAAAUUGCUGACUAUGGUAUCGCUGAUCUGCUCUACCCAGACGACAAGAAAUAUUUCUACAAUGAAUCCAAGAGACCAAUAAAAUGGAUGGCCCUUGAGAGUAUUUUGUUCCGCAGAUAUACACAUCAGAGUGACGUGUGGAGCUAUGGUGUGACCGUCUGGGAGAUGAUGUCAUAUGGGGCAGAGCCUUAUGCUACCAUGAGACCACAGGAAGUCCCAGAGGUGCUUGAGAAGGGCGAACGUCUCUCUCAGCCUCAUAUCUGUACCAUAGAUGUGUACAUGGUCAUGGUGAAAUGCUGGAUGAUUGAUGAAAAUGUUCGACCAACCUUCAAAGAGCUAGCCAGUGAAUUCACUCGUAUGGCUAGAGACCCACCCCGAUACCUUGUUAUUAAGCAGGGAGAGUGCACACCUCCGGAUCCUGCCUCUGAUGAUUCACACCAGCGUGGGACUGAGAUGGACAUUCUAGGUGUGGGGUUGGAGGACCAAGAAGAUGAAGUAGUGGAAGAUGGCAUGGCCACACCUCCUGUGUACCUCACUCCAUCAAGAAGUCUGUCUAGAUUGCGUUUGGAUAGUCACAGGGCAACUCUUGCCCCAUCUAGCCCAGCUGGUUACUUACCAAUGACCCCAAGUGUGGAGGGCUCUGUGCAUACGGUGUGGCCCUCACGGUCACGUCUCAACUCCGCCCGUACGGUCUCCGAGAGCUCUGAGGGACGCGGCACAGUGCGAGACAUGGAGAUGAAUGAAGACUUUACAUCGGCUGGCAGCCUGAGAAGAGCUCGGCAUCGAGAAGACAGUGCCUACAUGUCUCAGAGAGAGAGCCUAUUAGGUCCUCCAGACACACCCAUCCCUGAUACGCCUUCUCUGUGUACAGAGGGAGAAGAAGACCAAAAUGGAUAUGUGCUCCCAGGACUAUGUGAAAGUCCAGAGAGAGACACAAUGCUUUCUGUGGCUCCCCGUGUAAUGUUGUCCCAUGGAAGGUUGUCUAUGGGCCAUUCACGUGAACUGUUAGAGGACCACGACAGUGCUGAGGAAGACUAUGAGUACAUGAACAAUCAAAGCAUCCCCCUCAGACACGUCCCAGGCCAGAAACGAAACUGCUGCCUGCGAACAUCACAAUGCGUUUCCACCUCCAAUCCCGUGUGGGGUACCAGUCAUCCCAAUAAAAGAUCAUCUAUGGAGGACUCAGAAAGCAGUGGAGGGGUGUCUCAGUCCUCUCUGGACGAGAGAAGUCGCAGCGAUGCAGAGCUGCUGUCCAGCGAAGCGGAAUAUGCUGAGGCAGACCUGGACCAGGCGCUUCAGUAUGAGUACAUGGACAUUCGCAGUGGUGCAGGAGCUGCAGUGCAAAGCAUUCCACUCAGAGUUAACCACCAGAGACGAGAUAUACAGCUAGAGGAAGAUGGAGAUGAAGAGUAUCAUUACACAAACCCACAACCCAGGUUGAGGCACUCACUGAUGCUGCAGGGCCUGAUUGGUGGGGAUGGAGAGGUAUAUGAGUAUGAGGAGAUGGACUCGCUGGCUGUCGGGGGAAACCCAGGAGCUGAGUAUGAGAACCUCCAGCAGGAAGAGGAACGGGAGGCCCUCGGGCAGCCCAGCUCUGGAAUUGCACCCUAUGUUAGAGUGCGCGCAGGAGUGGGUGUGACCAAUGAAAGUGCAGACAGGUGCUUUGACAAUCCUGACUAUUGGCACAGUCGAAUAUAUUCUAAAGCAAAUGCAGUGAGUACAUAGGGCAGGAGUUAGAGGGGUGGGGUGGGGUUGAGUGAGUGAGUGAGUGAGUGAGUGAUUGAGUGAGCGAGUGAGAAAUGAGUCUUGUAUCAAAGAGGAGUAGAACAAAAUACAGAAUAAAAUCCAGCAAAAACUAAACUCUCAGCACUGACUAAGCAGAAGUAGCAAUCAAUGAAGCAAUGCACAUGACCUGGACCAAAUAAGUCUGGGCAAUAAAGACAGGAAGGCAUGCAAAUGCAUAAAUCCAAGAACCUAUCCCUGCAUAUAUACAUACAAGCAUUUGCCAUUGAAUUUUUAUCUUUAUUUUUUUAAACCAUGGUGAAGGACACAAGUGCCAGAUAUUGAGCUAUUACUGGUAAAAUACUUUUGAUUUCAUGAAAACAUAAACAGAUUUCAGUCAAUAUUUCACAUCCUCAAAGCACAAAUCAGUUUUCAUAUUUGAAACAUAUGAAGAGGAUCACAUUUUUGUCACAUGCAUUUAUAAUCAGUUUGUCUGUUACAGGUUUUUACUCAGUUUUCCAUAAAACAGCAUGGCAGCUUGCAGUCUGUACAUUUAAACAAAAAAAUCAGGGAUUUUUGUUUAUAACAUAUAUUUUUGUACAUUUGACUGUCAGCUUUUUUUUAAGUUUAAAUGUUUAAAAAUCCUAGACCUACAGCAACUGCACUAUCACAAGCAGCUUUGAUAGUCAAUUAUGGUUGAACUGAACACAUUUUUUUUCUUUUUUUGUUGGAAAUGUUUCAUGUAUCUGUGUAACAAUGUGGAAGGAAUUCCUUAUGGGAUCAUAUUUCAAAUGAAAUGGCCAGUUAACAAGCUUUACGCUUUUAUCUUUUCAGAAAAAGUCACAUAUUUCCUCAUUUCUGUAACUUGUAUUUUCCAUAACAUGUAUGUCUUUUUGGUGAUGUAUAUUUUCAGUAUAUUUUUCAGUAUAUGUAUAUUUUUGUCCCGGAUAUUAAAUGAUUUUUUUUGUGUAAAAAA